AUGGCGUCCUACUACGAGGCCCAGGGCUGGCAAGCCCCUCCUACGCGCCAGGCCUCCUGGGAACAGCCGGCUCCCCCGUCGCGAUCAGGAUCAAGCUCCGUCUCUCAGCGCGAUGAAAUCCCGGCCUUCUCUUCUCAGUUCGAUGAGGUCGACCGUGCGAUUGACAAUCUCGUCAAGAGCGGAAAGCUCUGGGCCGCGCCCCGGAGGGAUUCGAUGCCAAUGAUGAUGGGUCGCCCGUACCCCGACUACGAUCCCCGCAUGGCCGGUGCGGUCUCGCAGCGUCAUCACUCGAUCGGCGAGUUCGAUUCUCGGAUGCACCCGAAUCCCUCCCUCCAGGGCUUCUAUGCCUCGCAACGAUUCCAGGGUCGUCCCAAUGAAGUGGAGCAGAUGAUGCAAGCGAAGCGUCGGAUGGCAGCACAGCGUGAGAGGGAGCUCCGCAACUAUCACCAGGAGCAACAGUACAACCGAAGCCUGCUUGCCGAAAUGUCUGGAACCAAGUCCGAUCGCUCGCUCAGCCCAGCCGCCAUGAGCGAGGAAAGUCGCCGCGAGCUUCUGGCUCGUCAGCAUAGGGCCCUGUACGGCAACGACAGCCCCGCCUUCUUCCCCCCUGGAACCUUGACCGAUGAGAACCCUCGUUCCGACAGCCAGGCCGGUGGUACCCCGACUUCUGCCACCGGAGUUCGUGGCCCGUCUCCCCGCGGUGCCGACCCCUUUGGCUUAGCGCAGACUCCCGUCCAAGGGAGUGUGGAUGGCGUGUCUCAGGCUGCUGCCGCCGCCGCCGCCGCCGCUGCCUCCCUCCAGUCACCCUCGCGCGCCAACAGCGCCUCUUCUCCCAGCUCCGGCAUUAACCCUGUCUUUGGCAAGUACGAGACUGCCGAUCAGCCCGGAACUUCUACCUCGUCUCCCGGUGGCGCCGAUUCUCCCUCCUCGAGACAGGCAUCGACCAAGUCGGCGACCGGACCCAUCGGCUCUGUGGGACCCAUUGGCAGCCGGCCUCUUCAACAGACCGGUACCGGCCAGGCUUCCAAUCCAGCCCUGAACAAGCGUUCCACGACCCCCCUUCCGUCUCCCCUGGGAUUCGGCUUCACCUCGAGUGAUGCUACUACCGGCGAGCGUGCUUCGUCGGUUUCCAAUGCCUCGACCGCCGCCGCCGCGACCGCCGGCGUCAAGGACACCACGGGCGGUGGUGUCUCCCUGGGCUGGGGUAACGGCAGUGGCGUGUGGGGAUCGAAGAACGGCUUGGGCGUGCAGGCCUCUGUCUGGGGCUAA